AGGCUAAAACAUGGAGCUCACAGCUGAUCAACGUAAACAAGAACAGAGAAGAAGGAGGUUUAUAGCCAAUGCCUGGAUGUUGAUGGAGAAGACAGGUCAGGCUCUAGCACCGAGUAAAGACUACUGUCAGCUGCUUGUGACUACGGAGGGUGUGAUCUGGAGAUGGUGGAAGAUAUCCCUGCGUCGCUCAGCAGUGGUUUAUCCUGGAGAGUGGGCUAUAGCUCGGGAGGACGUGGAGGAUGAUGAGAGAUUGAUGGGGGAGAUAGAGCGAACUUUUGGUUCCGAUCUCAAGGACCAGGUAAUACAUCUGUGUAACAGAAGCAAUGACUACUUAAGCAAGUUACCACAGAAACUUCUCGUUCAGAUUGCCUCCUUUCUCUCUCUCGAGGACGUGAUAGCGAUGGCGCACUGUUCUAAAGCGUUCAGAAGGUGUUGUCUGACAGACAACUUGUGGCGGAACAUAUUCCUUCAACAUCACAAACAAAUAACUCCAGAGAUCGAGCAGCUAGCAGCGGAACACACGUGGCGGAAAAUAUUCUUCACAGACAAACUCAGACUUCAGAUGUUGGUAUCCCGGCAAAGAUCACAGAUGAAACAGGUUGUUCCAAUUCCAAUGAACGGAAAAGAAGAGAUUGCAGUCGCUGAACCAUAAUUCCUGUACGAACGAAGGAGAACACAGAAAAAUAAAGUUAUUUCCUUUACCAUUGGAAAUAUAAAGAACCCAAAAUUUCCGAUAAAACUGAAAGUUUAGUGAGACUAUCAGCUGGAUUACUGAAUUAGUCUAGAACAGACUUGUCACACGUGAUUAAUGAUUAUAUGUAUGUAUUAAACACCUGAGAUGUUUGUCCCGGAAUUUCGCAUUUAAUCGGCCAAAUUAUCAAACUAUUUAUAUCAACAGAGGCUAUUUUUUUGUUUCUCAGAAAUCUCACAGAAAAUGUUGUGUAGUAAAUUAUUCAGUAUCGUUUAAAUAUGAAUUAAACAAAUAUGUUACUUUUUCAACAUCAAACUUUUCUG